AUGUCGCCCGCAGCCGCCAAAGCCUCCUCCGUCGACUUGCGAUGCUCCCAGGACGACUUAACCCUUCCUCCAGCAGCUGUGGAGAUGAAGGCCAGAGGCUUGAGGAUCCCCUUCCUGCUAUUGCUGGCGACUGUAGUUGCAACGGCCAAUGUGACUUACCUCCAAAGGUGGGGGGGCUUCAAGGAGAAGGCCACAAGCACGAAAAACAUGAACUCCACACUCCAUUUCUUCAUCCAGUUCUACAACAACGCAAACAACGACACCUACUUGUUUCGAGUGCAGAAGCUAAUUCAAAGCCAGAUGCAGCUGACCACAGGAGUGGAGUAUUUUGUCACUGUGAAGAUUGGCAGGACCAAAUGCAAGAAAAACGAGACAAAGAAAGCUUCCUGUCCUCUGCAAAGCAGCAAGAUGAAAAAGAGCCUGAUUUGCACAUCACUGAUAUACACUGUGCCCUGGACAAACUACUACCAGCUCUGGAACAAUUCUUGCCAGGAUCACAGAGUGUCCAUGUGA